UCAGGAAGUAAGCGUUUUUAACUGUGGGUCUGCUGCUUAUCCCCUCGACCGCGUUUGUGUGUGUGUGUGUGUCUGUGUGUCUGUGUGUGUGUGUGAGAAUGUCUGCGUAAGUGUUUGUGUAUGUAUGCGUGUGCGUUGAUAAGCCUUAGCCUUACAAUGACUGUCUUAUCGCAAAAACUCCAAUAAAUCACUUAUGGACUACAUCCUACAGCUACAGCAUGGGAUCCAGACUCAAAGAAAACCCAGAGAAGACGUUUUACUGGUUCUUUCAAGCCUCAUGUCCAAUCGCCAGGGACAAAGAUCCAGGCGUGCUGUUUCAGUUCCCGGAGGACUUCAGUGAUGAGGAGUGUCUGCAGUCACUUCCUCGUUUCUGCUUCCCAUAUGACAUAGGGAGGGUGAGGGAUGGAGUGGCUGUCCAGCACUUCACCUUCGUGUUGACUGAUCUGGAAGGAUGUCAGCGAUUCGGUUUCUGCAGACUCACCUCCAGCUCCCAGACCUGCCUCUGCAUCCUGAGUUACCUGCCCUGGUUCGAGGUCUUUUACAAACUGUUGAACAACCUGGCAGAUUAUGUGACAAAAGGCCAGACAAAAGAAAUGCUAGAUUUACUGACGGCACUUUAUAAACACCCUGUGCCAUCGGCUAAUGGCUCUGUCACUCUACAGCUGGGAGAACAGCUACAAAUUGGGAGUGAGGUGCCAUUCAUCUGUGGCCACACCCCCUCCUCAAUGAGUAAAGGGUCAGGGAUCCCGUAUUUUAUAGCUCCUGAUCCAAAGGCUUUACCAUCCAUACCAGAAAGUAGGAACCUGACGGAGCUCGUCGUGGCUGUAGACGUGGGGAACCUGCUGCAACUGUAUGCUAGCAUGUUGUUUGAGAGACGCAUCCUCAUCUGCUGCAGUAAACUCAGCACGCUGACGGCGUGUGUGCAUGCAUGUAGCGGCAUGCUCCUCCCCAUGUACUGGCAACACAUCUUCAUACCGGUCCUGCCCCCACACCUCCUCGACUACUGCUGCGCUCCGAUGCCGUACCUUAUUGGAGUUCAUUCCAGUCUAAUAGAGAGAGUGAGGAGUCGUGCUCUGGAGGACGUGGUCAUUCUGAACGUGGACACCAACACUAUGGAGUCUCCUCACGAUGACCUCAAGAAGCUCCCAUCAGACGUGGUCACAGCUCUCAAAGUGCGUCUGAAGCGUCAGUCGACGUCUCCAGGUGCUGGUGUGGCUCGGGCGUUUCUCAGAGCUCAGGCUCUGCUGUUUGGAGGCUACAGAGACGCCUUAGUCUACUCUACUGGAGGACCCGUGGCAUUCAGUGAAGACCUGUUCCUCACCCACAAAUCUCAAAGCAUGAAGCAGUUCCUCGAGAGUGCUGUUCACCUGCAGUUCUUCAAGCAGUUUAUUGACUGGCGUCUGGAGAUGCUGAACCAGGGCAAAGAACCAGACGAUCUGUUUGAGGAGGAAAUACUGCAGUGUGGAGCGUCAUCAGGCGGCUCCAAAUCGUACCAGCAGUGGGUGGGCAACCUGAAGAAAGGAGGAGGUGCUCUGCUCCUGACUGUGAAGUCUAAGGCUCAAAUGUGCAAAUCUGUCACACAUCAGAGCAGGCUUGGACUGAAGAACCUUAUUUCAUCAAAGGAGCAGAAGGACUCUCACUCUAUCCAGAGGGGCGGUUCUGUAUGUGGCACACAUACAUAUCGCCUCAUCCAAUCAGAUUGCCUUCAGAACCGACUGCCAAUCACACAGCAUUUCGGGAAGUCCCGGCCUCGGAGGCCUAUGCGCAAGAACACCAGCCCGCAAUUGGAGGAGCUGCCACAAGACAACAGCAGCUAUGGAGAGGAGAGUCAAAUAGAGUCAGUCUCCAGUGCUGGUGACCUCCAAGAUGACCCUGACCUGUCUGUGCUUCCUGACCCAGAGGAGAUGGACCUUCUGGGGGAAAUUUUUGACACACUGAGCGCACAGAGCUCCAGAGAGCCUGGGCUGCUGUACAGCACACGUAGCCUGGACCUCUUCAACUCUGACUGCACUGAUUUCAUCACCAGAAGGAGCUUGACCACGCCCAGUCAGGAGAGCUUGAACCUUUCCAUUGGUAACAGUGGCAGUCUGAUGAGCUGGGAGGAGGGGCUUGAGGAGGGGCCUGACAUGGAGGGGGAGGGGUCUGAGGCAGCUACUGAUCAAUCAGAAAGGGAUGAGUUUGGAGCGAGGCCAUCAGGGAAGGAGUCGUGUAUGGAUCUCGGAAGGUUGGUGGAUGAUCUCACUGAUCUUGGGGAGGAGCUUAAAGAGGAACUAGUUGAUCUUCAGCCAGCUCAAGAUGCAAAAUGGGCAGAACAAUCUGGGCAGGGUGGUGAUACAAGGGAAAAGGAAAGCACAAAUGGAAACAAUGAUGAUCAAAAAGAAAACAGUGACCAACAACCCGAGGAGAAUGACCUGGAUGCUCCAGUCAAUGACUCUCCAAAGGAAGUAACCGAGGCAUCUUUAGAACCUCAACAGGAACAUGAAGCAACUGAGCCCUCUUUAGAAGCCCAGCAGGAACAUAAAGUAAUGAUGGCUUCUAUAGAAUCACAACAGGAACAUGAGGCAACUAAGCCUUCAUUAGAACCCCAACCUGGAUCAAACAUCUUCAUCAAUGAACCAUGCCCAGAUAAGAGAAGUGAAGAAGACCAGAAGCAGGAAGAAAAGCAUCCCAUUCCUAAUGUGCUUUCAGCUGUGGCUCUGUUCCAAUCCAAAGCCUCACAGUCCAGGGAUCCUGCCGAGGCCACCAGGCCUGAAAACAGCCCAAAAGGUCUGGAUACAUCUCUGAAGACUUCCCCUAGAGGACCUCGGAAAAUCCAGUCUUCUUCCAACAGGCCUAUCUUGAGUCCGAAAGGCGAGGACCAGAUCGUAAAAUCGCCCAUUGAUUCACCAGCUGAAGACCAAGACCUGCCCCCCAUUAAAGUGUCUGAACUGAAAAAGAGGUUUGAACAAUGACCACUAGGUGUGGAAAUGGAUGAGGGCACUCUAAAUUCUGGACAUUCUUAUCUCACACCAGUUUCUGAAGCCUGUAGUGACCAACAAGACAGAUUCAAAAUGCUUUUACACAGUUUUUAUGUAAUUUAAAAGAUUUACACUGAGUUGCCAGGUCCAUCUAUUUUAUUAAUGAAGUCACUGCCGAUUUUAUCAGAAAGAUCUACCAUAUACAGAACUGUGCAAGUCAAAGACCCUUUAUUUAUUUGAUUUCCAGUCAAAACAGCCAUUAAGUUGAGACAGUUUUGGUGUCUACCAGGUCUUCCAGGUGAUUGUUAGGAGUGACAUUUUCUCUGUAGCUUUCAUUUCAAUCAUUUUAUUAACUCACGUAUCUACUGCCCUCAGAAAUAUCCCUUGAAAAUGACAUAUUUGUAAUUCAUGGCUGUUUGGAUUGGAUAUCAAUGAAGGAUGCACUCAGUACUGUAACUGUUCAGUUAGCAACUAUUGCCCAUCUAUUGUGUUUCACAAACCACCACAGGGUCCCCACUGGCCAGAUAUUAUUUGGGUGGUGAACCAUUCACAGCGUAGCCGUGCCACUGACACUGUUUUGCUGAGUUGGUGUCAUUGCUUGGUUGAAGGUGGACCACCAGUCAAAAAUAUCCAGCCAGGAGUUGCUAUGUGGUCAGAAAUUGAUGUAAAGCAAGAAAGAAAUUCAGGUGGUGGACCUACAAAAAAGUUUCUGAUAAAGUGGCCAGUAAGUGUAUACAUGACUAAAACAUUUCCGGAAAGCAUCACACUGUUAAUAUGUUACCUAUUAGUGUAGAUUGAAUGCGAUACUCACUUUCUCCUCACAAUGCUCCCUCUGUUUAUGUGCAGUUUGCAAAACUGGACCUCAAACUCACUGAAACUGGACUUAUCGGGCAUUCGGAGUGUAAAGGAAUUUACUUUUUUGUUCAUUUUUAAAACAACAUAUUUGUAAUACAUUAAAGUUUUUUUGUCACUUAUUCUAA